GUUUAAAUCGAUCAAAUCUUAAGUUUAAAUUUUACUGAAAAUUUUUUUUUUUUUUUUUGUGUUUGAGUUUGAAUUUAAUCGGAAAGGAAAUAAAUUGAAAUGAUAUUAUUGUGUAUUUAAUACUGAUUUAGAUUUCUAAUUAAUAUGGUAGUUGCUGCCACCAGAAAUAGUCUAAGGACUAUUUCAAAAUAUUUUAUUUUGAUUAUUUUCUUUUACGUUUGAUGGGUAGCGUUGACUGACGCUUGAUGCAACUGGUAAACGAAUUCCACUUUUCGGCUAACCUGCUAUGCGCAGGGAUACUGGCACGGGAGAGGAUUAAAGCUGGGUACAAUAAAUAUUUUUCCUCGUUGAACGGAUUUUUAUUUGGACGUAGAAUUGCUUAAGUUAUUAUAUAUAUAUAUAUUUUAUUAACUGGAUAUAUAUAUUUUAGCGUUGCUGGAUUGGAUAGGAAUGUGAGAUUUUCGUUGUUUUAUAUAAAUUUAUUUUUACGUUUGACUUCUUCUUCUCUUUUAAUUUCGCUGUAGUAAUUUGCCGUUAGAACCGAAACUCAAUUCAUUUACUACGAUGGAUUCUGUUACCACGAUUUUCUUGCCUUUUGAGUUUAAUAAUCGAGGAUGAUUCUAACGAUCCUCUCUGUGUGGGACUUGUGUGAUUUCGCAAGCCUUGCCCAAAGACGGGUAAUAUUUUACCAACAAUGGGAGGAGGAAUGCGAAGAUCAGUGGAUGUUUCAGUAGCUGAAAACACCGUUCGCACAAGCCGACACAGCGGACAACUCCUUUGUUUAAAGUUUAAACAAUGAUUCUAUCUUCAAAACCGUUCACGAGAAUAAAACGAGAUCGAUGAUAGGAAAUUCUAAUUCGAUUCUCGUGGGCAACGAGAUUAUCAGAGAAGAAGGAAAUUUUCAAAAUUAAUUUUCUUACCUUGAGGAGUAGGUGCUGUCUGGUGCCAUUACCUCAGCUGCUCCGGUGGUCGUCGAAGUUUUUGUUGGGUUUAUUAUUUGAACUCGAAUAUAGUUUACUAUCAACUCUUACUUUAUUUAUCUAUUUUAAUACAGACUGAACAAUUUACUAACUGGAUUAAUACCGCAAUUACAAUGCGCGCUUUGUCUAAGCGAUGAAAUGAGGACUUCAAAGAUAAAAUUUUCUUUUACUUAAUCGCGACUCUCUUUUCUUUACCGAAAAACUAAAGACUAAAAAAAAACUAAAAACGCAAAAUAUUAUACAAAAUUUCUAAACGCAAUGAUGAGCGCAAUAAAGAACGUAAUACGAAUGAUCCGUAAUAACAUUGAACACAAAUUAUAAAAUGAACGCAAGAAGAAUGAACGAAAAUAAUGAGCCGUAAUAAGAAUGUUCACCAGAAUAUUAAUGAGCGAAAAUACGAAUGAACGCAAAUUAUAAUGAACACAAGAAGAAUGGACACUGCUCUAAGUUGCUUCGCUUAUUUAUAAUGCCAUCCCCCACGGGGUGGUGGUCCGCUGGGGGUACGUUUCCGUGGGAAUCGGGAUGUUGCAGUUUGGGUUUCUUGGAAUCGUACGUGACAAAAUGUAAAUUCCGUAUUUCGACUUAGUUUUUAUCGGUCCUGUGUUUCUGCUGAGCUAGCGUCUAGGAGAUUUGAAGCAUUCCACGCUGAUCUAGUCCUUUCCGCGAGAGACUUCCACGUGCUGUACCGUGGGAAUUACCGGUGUUUCUUCGGCGCGUGGAAGGGCUGGUGGCUGCAGCAUCAUUAUCAUUUCAGUGUUUGCUCGGGCAACACGCGCAACUCCGCUGCUCUCCCAUAACAAGGACCUCCUCCUUCGAGUUGUUUUGCGCUUCGGUGAUCGACGUUCGAACAAUGUUUGCGGAGUCAUUUUCAUCAGAGGUUCCUAUCCAGACUUCCCUGCGCAAGCGAAAGAGGGAUUCCGAAGAACCCAUGGGCGACUCGGGAAGACCCAACAAACGCAUGCGGCCCUGUGAUAAACCACAAGUAUCAGAGUGGUUGGAGGAACUAUUCAACAUUGGUGCCGAGGCCGUGUCGAAAUUGAGCUUUGACGAUUUGGUUACUUUUGAUGAGAGUUUCUUCGAUGCAGAGACCGUCGUAUUGGAGUGGGAACCCCCUCUGGUUGAAAUCGUUGAUACCGAUCGUUGUGUGAAAGUUCGUUUUGCAAAUGAAAUUCCCGAAGAGGUUUUGGAGGCACAUCUUCGUCACCAUGCUUCUGGGAGAAAGGGAAUUUCCCCUGUUGUGCGUUAUUGGUGUAUGCAUGUAUUUUGUUUUGUGUUCAAUAUAUAUAUAUAUGUCGGAGAUGAAAGAACACCGGAGCCUUUGGAAUUUUGGAUAAUCCCGCAACAUUGUAACCUAGAGUCUACUAUAGCUGUAAUUGAACAAUUGUAGUUAUUCAAUCCGAUUGUAAUUGUUCGAGAGUUGUGAUAAUGAGCUUGGGCUCGAGGCGGCAGUCAGUCGCCGAACAUAGCCG